AUGUUGGAAGGAGCCAACUAUCCAUACUGGAAGACCAAGAUGCGUGCUUUCUUGAGAGCUGUUGAUGAAAGAAUAUGGAUGUCCAUAGAAGAAGGGUGGUGGAAACCAACGAUGAUGGAGAAUGAAAUCGUUAUCCCAAAACCCAUGAGCCAAUGGACCACAGUUGAAAUGGAAAGAGCUAAUUUCAACUCGAAGGCCCUACAUGCUAUGUUUAAUGCUUUCUCCACGAAUCAGUUAAAGGUCAUUGCCAAUUUUGAAAUUGCAAAGGAAGCAUGGGAGAAGCUGAAAAUUAAAAACGAGGGAACUGAUGCUGUCAAGAAAUCAAGAUUGCGUGCCUUGGCGAAGGCUUUUAAAAAUCUGACCAUGCAGGAAGAUGAGUCCGUAGCAGAGUUUCAUGAAAAAUUGUACGAUAUCUCCAAUGAUUCCUAUGCCCUGGGGAAAAUCUACUCAAAUUCAAAAUUGGUUCGAAAAGUUCUUGGUGUUCUUCCCAGAAGAUUCAUGUCCAAAGUUACCUCAAUCGAAGAAAUGAGAAAUAUUGAGGAACUUGAUCUUGAUGAGCUUAUCGGGUCCUUGCAAAAUUAUGAGCUAUCACAGUCCAGCUGGAAGAAACCCGAGAAACAGAAGGAUGUUGUGAAGGACAAAUUUGAUGCGAGUAUUGCACAUAUUCAUCAAGAAAACAAGAAACCGGUCCUAGAGGAAUUGAAUGGCAUUACUGACGAAACUGUUGCCUUGUUAAUAAGAAACUAUGCAAAAUUCUUGAAAAAGUACUACACAAGAAAUUUCCCAGCUGAUAAAGAAAAUUCUCUGAAGAAAAACAAAGGUGGAAAUUUCAAACAAGGACAACCUUCUACUAAUCAAAAGAAUCGAGGAAUUAAGUGUAAAGAGUGUGAUGGAUAUGGCCACACCAGGGCUGAGUGCGCUAACACACUCAAAAAGAAGAAGGCCCUUGCAGCAACCUGGAGUGAUAGUGAAGAAGAAAAGAACUCCACUGCCAGUGAAGGAUUAGAUGAGGACAAGCAGGUACUGGCGUUCAUGGCCCAAAGCUGA